UUAGUAGUAGUAGUAGUAGUAGUAGUAUAUAUCCCAGCUUCCUUCCAACUACCCCUAUUAUUUAUUUAUUUAUUUAUUUAUUUGUAAUGUUUUUAUCUGAGAUGCCUUAGAUCCCUUCUGGGAGAAAGGUGACAUACAAAUACAAGAUCACAGCGGUGUACAACAAGGAUAAAAACAGGUUUACAAGACUUUGACAGUGUGUAUUAUACACAGUAUACUGUCAGCAAUUGGAGCAUCAUUCCCUUUUGAAGAUAAGGAAAUCAUCACUGCCUCCAGUUCCGUGAUGCACAAGAAUUAUUGCAAGGGGAGUUCCUGGAAACACAAGUCCGUAGCGCUUACUGCCGUUGCAUUGCAAGAUCACAUUUUACAUAAUCUUCAGCUCCAGAAUCUUUCAUUAGCAGAUCCUUUUAAGUUAAGAAGUCAAAAGCAUACUUACAGACCUGUGAAAAAAGAGACAAUCAGAGCAAUAGUAGAUACUGGACUAAAGAAAACGAGCCACCGCCAACAAAAAAAUGAAGAUCCAGAAGAUGAAUAUGUCCUUGAUCCAUGUCCACCAGCCCUCACUUUAGCUCAAAGAUUUGGGUUGGUGGAGCCCCCUGCCAUGCCACUAACCAGGGAAGAAUGGGAGCAGGUGAAGCAGCGAUCCAUAAAACAAGGAGAUUCUGUUCAACCUUGUGCCAUAUGCAGAGAAGAAUUUGCACUUCAGCCACAGGUUUUGCUUUCAUGUUCUCAUGUAUUCCACAGAGCAUGUCUGAAAGCUUUUGAAAGAUUUGCAGGUAAGAAGACCUGCCCAAUGUGUAGAAGAAUCCAAUAUCAGACUCGAGUAAUUCAUGAUGGAGCACAUCUGUUUAAAAUAAAGUGUGCAACAAGAAUUCAAGCUUUCUGGAGGGGAUACAUUGUUAGAAAAUGGUAUAAAAAAUUGAGAAAAACUGUGCCUCCAAAAGAUGCCAAGUUAAGAAAGAGAUUCUUUGAAGAAAAGUUUACAGAGAUCUGCCAACGACUGUUGAAUUCCUAUGAUACCCACAUAGAUGAACUCUUCUCUGAGAUUGAUUCUACUGUAGCUGCAAGUCAAGAUGUGUUUCAGCAACUAGACAAGACAUUUGGCACACUCCUAAGUGAAGAUGAGUGGGAAAGGAUACAGAUGCAGGCUUUUCGGCAAGAUAUAGUUGACUGCCCAAUUUGCAUUAUGCCACUCAGCCACCCUCUUCUUCAGGAUGAACUGUCCCAAGACAGCUGCCAAACAUACUUCCGUCAGAUUGUUCUGCUUUCCUGUUCUCAUAUUUUUCAUUGUACUUGUCUUCAAGCAUUUGAAGAGUUUUCCUUGGGGGAAAGACCUGCAUGCCCUUUAUGCCGCUCCUGUUAUCAAAAGAAAAUUCUCAACUAACAUUUUAAUACAAAAUAAAUGUGUAUAUAUAUAAAGCAUUAAAAGAUAUACUAAUUUUUCAUCCAAAGUUCCUGUUCAAGCCAAUCCCCUUUGUGUGCAUAUAUGUGCAAUUCUGGAAAGAGCUGUAAUUUUCUUAAGGCAAGAUGGAGUAUCAUGGAUUGUUGUGGAUCAUAACAUAACCAUUGAAAUGAGGAGAUACAAGUUUGGGGGGUUUGUUUGUGGGCACUGGCUCUUAGACAUAUCCGUGAAAGCUGUCCAAGUCUAUGCAAGAAAUAGAUGAUAAUGUCAUAGCAGUAAUAAGCCAGGAUCUCUAAAAUUCCUCUUCACACAGAGCUCCCAAUAUUGGAGUGCUGAUAUGUUCAAGAAAGCUCAAACCCCAAUUUCUUAAGUAAUCCAAAGAAAUUUUUGAUCAAUAAAGUAUCAAGUAAUCCAGACAUACUGUUUUCUGUCUAAGCAAUCAAGUACAGUAUGCCUGCGUCAAACGCAGGCGCGCUGUAUGAGGUUUUCGGCAUAUGGUGAAAGCUAUGCAGGAGCGCAAGGGGUGGUGCAUCCCAUUGUAACUAAUGGGGCGCACGCCGCCACAUGCAUGAGCCCCAGUUAAAUGGGCUUGAGUAUAUGCAGUAUUUGGUUUACGCAGGGGAGUCCAGAACGGAUCCCCCACAUAAAGCAAGGGCGGACUG